AUGUCCUCCUCGUCAAAACCAUUUGUGCAGCCUGGAGAGCCUUUGAAUGACUUCUUGCGCUCAUUUUGGCAGAGGCAGAUUGAUGCUGCAGAGCAAGAGACUCCCGACUACCGCCAUCCACCGCUUCCGCUCGCCCGAAUUAAGAAGGUCAUGAAGAGCGACCCCGAAGUCAAAGUAUCUCCGAUCCUCUUCUGCAAAGCUUGCGAGAUCUUUAUUGCGGAGAUCACGGCCCGAGCAUUCAUCAUUGCUGACUCGAACAAGCGGCGAACGCUCUCGCGCGCCGACAUAGCAAAAGCUUUGAGCAAGUCAGAUCAGUUUGACUUCCUCAUCGAUAUUGUACCUCGUGAGGAGCCUCCUGGCGGUGCAGUGCAAGGUGUCAACGCUGCUGGUCGCGCACAGAAGAAGGGCCUAGCGCUAGGCGCUGUGAAUGCUGUAAGUACUUCUCACCGCUCGCAUGAACCUCUAUCUCAGUCGCAUGGCGAACAGACGUCACAGAGUAGAGAAGACUCUGGAAACGGGACACUAGAGAGCGCGGAGGGAGGUGCGCAGGAUGUUACAAGUGCAGUGGAUCUAGAGCAGUUGCAGUCGCUGCUCCAACCACCAGGCGGUAUAGAGCCUCGUCCCCAUUCCUGAUCUGCCCUUCUGUGUGUAGAACCUGACUGCAACUGCUCUCGUGUUGUUUGAUUAUUGCUCUCGACUGUAUUCUUUGAUAUUGUUUAUAGCAUCUCUCCGAUUGGUUCGUU